AUGACCAUGUCCUUGCCUCGCCCUUCGGCUGUUGGAACACGACCUGCAUAUCUCGACAACCUCUUUAGAGACGCACCUACCACACCGAGCAUUCAUUCUUCGACCAGCAGUAUCUCAUGCGCAUCCACUGCCUCCAACUAUGACCUUCGAUCCGCAUACCACGCCUCCAGGCCAUUGACGCCGGCUGUUGAAGAGGACAAAAGCGAUAGUUUUAGUGUGCGCAGCAAGAAGUCUUUCUUGACCCCACGGAGAUUCAAGCUGGGUUCCAUUCUCCACAGACGGACAUAUCCACAAUCCGACGAUCUGGAGUUCUCGCGACCAUCAACCGGGCGGCCGACGCCUCAAUCAGAGCCAUCGUCGCCACCGCCUCCACCUUCUUCACCGCCGUCAGCGAACGAUAGCAAUGCGUCAACACCUGUACCGGCGACUGGGCGACGGCCGUCGUUGCCCAAAAUUCAGACCAACUUUCCACCACCUCGAGCGAUAAGCACUUAUGCGAAGAAGCCUUUACCUGCAGUGCCUGGACAGCAAGCACCGCAACCGCAGCCGAAGCCUGAGGUUGCUCGACCAAAGCUUAAACGUCAGCAGUCGAGCAUCUCGGGAGCAGAGCUAAACUGCCAACGAUGCUAUUACUACGCCGCUCGCAACUGCAAUGGCUGGGUGAUGGGAGGGGAACCUGGUGAUCCUUGCGAGAUGUGUUUGCAAUCUGGCUAUUUUGGAGCGAAAUGA